CAAACGAGUUUUUUUUACUGUUCAUAACUAAAUAUAUACUUCUUUGACCUUUUUUACCUCUUCUAAUUCUAAUACCUUUAUUAUACCGUCUCUCUAAUCGAUAUCUCUGUAUCUGUAAGUAGGGAAAGAAGAGAAGAUGAAGAUGAAGAUGAAGGCGACGCACAGGAAAGAUCCAUCCGACGGCCAACAUGAUGGAGGAAGGGAAGUUCAAGUGCGAGAUUCAGGACCUCAUGGCCAAGAUUUUUGCAAAAAUGACUCAAGAAAUUGAGAUGAAAGAGCAACAACCUGCACUCUCUAACUCACUCUUCGCCACUGCUCCCUCAACUUUUCAGAAUUUAGUGUUGCUUGCAGAGGAUGAGCAGGACAUGGAACUGGAUACCGCAAAAUCUGCAACUCAAGCUCCUGCAAAGCACCCUUUACCAGAACUUGAAGUCUAUUCAUGUUUGCUUGUUCUGAUAUUUCUGAUUGGUCAGAAGAGAUACAGCGAGCCUAAGGCCUGUUGUUUGACAAGCAUUGCUCGUCUAAAGAACCUGAAUAGGCGAACUGUUGAUGUUCUAGCAUCCAGGCUCUACUUUUACUACUCUCUAAGCUAUGAACUUACUGGUGAUCUUGCUGAAAUUCAGGGUGACAGGGUGGAGAGUUCGAUUCUUGGUGGAAACCUGCGGCCAAAAAAUUUGGUAUGGAGCAAUCACUGUGGAGGAGGGUCUCUUGUGCGCAGAAGUGUACAGGCAAUGGGGGGAACCUGUGGUCCAGUUGAGAUGAUUGCAGAUUGGAACAAGAAGCAGGUUACUUCUUCAACAUGAGAUAUGUUGAAGAAAUGGUGGAAGACAGGGAAUGGGGACAAGCGGAAAAGUACUUAUUUUGGUUCAUUCAGGUUGAUAAUAAUGGAUAUUAAAUGAAAUUUUUCUUCGAAUUUGAUCUUAUUUUGAAACAUUAUUUCUUUUAUACAGGUAUGAAAAUUUUGUAAUACACCUUCCAGUCAACCCUUAACAUUCAAAACGCUAACAUUACCUUAAAAAUGACCCAGUCCGUGCAUUGCAAGGGACAAGGGCGAAAAACUAGUCUUAGGAAAAAUGUAAAUUAAAUUCAUAGUUCCAAUAUAUAUUAAUUAAGUUUUUUUAAUCUGUGUGAAAAUGAAAGCAAAUCAAUCUUUAUGGGAAUGAAGGGGUAUUAAUAAUUAUUUUGGAUAAAGUUAUGUUUAAAAGUUAAUAAUGAGGUAUUAGUAAUGAUUUUGGAUAAAGCUAAUUUUAAAAGUUAAUAACAAAAUUGAAAAAAUAAAAAGUACUUCCUCUAUCCCACAAAAAAAAAUAAAAAAUAAAAAAAAUCCAAUACUGGCAAAUGUUAAUUGUUAUGU